UGAAAAGCAAAAGAUCAUCGCAUUCACGCAUUUCCUUACCUUCCCUUGCUUUUUAGGCUUUUGCCUUGUAUUUUAUUUGUUCCCCCUUUCAUUGCUUUUGUAUUUUCUUCUUGUUUUUUCAAUGGUGAUAGAGGAUAACGCGAGUUACGUGAGCAAAGCGAACGAUUUGUCGCCGUUGCAGAGCCGGCAACAGCGGCAAAAGCUCGAGGUUUACAAUGAGGUUCUCCGGCGGCUACGUGAUUCCGACCUAGAAGAGGCUAAUCGGCCCGGCUUCGAUGAAGAGCUUUGGGCUCACUUCAAUCGUCUCCCUACUCGCUAUGCGUUGGAUGUGAAUGUGGAAAGGGAAGAAGAUGUCCUUAUGCACAAGAGAUUACUACAUUUGGCUCAUGACCCUGCCAAUAGACCGGCAAUGGAAGUUCGGCUUGUGCAGGUCCAAUCUGUUUCUGAUGUGAAUUCAGCUGUUUCAAAUCCCAUGUGUGGGGAAUCUGCUCAAUGUUCUCCAAAACACUCUAGAAGACAGAGCAUAAUUCCGCCUCCUACCUUUGGCUCAUCCCCUAAUCUUGAAGCCCUUGCACUAGAAGCAAAUAAAUCUCAAGAUGAAGAUGGGGAUAGCUCUGUACAUGCCAAUGCACAUUUUUCCCAGCCCAUGCAUGAAAUUAUGUUUUCAACGGAAGACAAACCCAAACUUCUCAGCCAGUUGACUGCAUUGCUUGCUGAGAUUGGGCUAAACAUCCAGGAAGCACACGCAUUCUCCACUGUUGAUGGUUACUCCUUAGAUGUUUUUGUUGUUGAUGGUUGGCCUUAUGAGGAGACAGAGGAGCUUAAAGUUGCUUUGGAAAAGGAAGUCUUAAAAGUUGAGGGUUUUCUGCAGAAGCAAUCUUGGGUGAAUCAGCAUUCCUUCCCUCCAAGGAGGUACUAUGAGAAAAUGGGGACCAAUGGUGAUCAGAAUCACGUGGCAAUUCCUAAUGAUGGGACUGAUGUUUGGGAAAUUGAUCCUAGACACUUGAAGUUUGGGAACAAAAUUGCAUCUGGGUCAUAUGGGGAUCUGUUUAAAGGUACUUACUGUAGUCAGGAAGUGGCUAUUAAGGUCCUGAAGCCAGAGAGUAUAAAUACCGAUUUGCAGAAGGAGUUUGCCCAGGAAGUUUUUAUCAUGAGGAAAGUUCGGCAUAAGAACGUUGUGCAAUUUAUUGGUGCAAGUACCAAGCCACCAAACUUGUUUAUUGUAACAGAAUUUAUGUCUGGUGGAAGUGUAUAUGACUAUCUUCACAAACACAAGGGUGUUUUCAAGCUUCCAACCUUGCUUAAAGUUGCAAUUGAUAUUUCUAAAGGAAUGAACUACUUGCAUCAAAAUAAUAUAAUCCAUAGGGAUUUGAAGGCUGCCAAUCUUCUAAUGGAUGAAAAUGAAGUGGUCAAGGUUGCUGAUUUUGGGGUUGCUAGAGUGAAAGCUCAAUCUGGAGUUAUGACAGCUGAAACUGGAACAUAUAGAUGGAUGGCUCCUGAGGUUAUUGAACACAAGCCAUAUGAUCACAAGGCUGAUGUUUUUAGUUUUGGAAUCGUACUGUGGGAAUUGUUAACUGGAAAGAUUCCAUAUGAGUUCUUAACACCAUUACAAGCUGCUGUUGGAGUGGUUCAAAAGGGUCUACGUCCUACAAUUCCAAAGCAUGCUAGCCCGAGGCUCACUGAACUGCUCGAGAGAUGCUGGCAGCAAGAUCCAGCACUAAGACCUGAUUUCGCUGAAAUUAUAGAGAUUUUACAGCAAAUUGCCAAGGAGGUAGGAGAUGAAGGCGAGGAUAGAAGGAAAUCUUCGGGAGGAAUUUUGUCUGUCCUUAGAAGAGGCCACCAUUAAAGACAAAAGACUUGUUAUACGGUAGAUAUGUUUAUAACUUGAAUAUAAAGCUUUUUAGCUAUGUCGGACAGGCCGUUCCCGGCAUUUUUAUCAGUACUGUACAGUAUGUUUUUUAUUCACUUGUUUCCCUUGUGAUUUACGGUCGUCUACAACCAUGAAUGUCAAUUCUUCCGGCCAGCCGUUUCCAUUGGGAUAUAAAAGAAAGGUUAUAUUUUGUAGGUAUUAGCAUUUCGAAUCUUAAACUUCUCGAAUAUAAGUUUUACGAGUAAUUUGCAU